AUGAUCAUCGGUUCGCACCACCCACAUUUUGGUGAUAUUAUCAUCAAUAGGUUGCAUAGAGUUAUAAGCCUUCGCACCGGCGGUGCAAUUCGUUGUGGUGGUCUGAUUGUCAUCAUUGCCCGUUCCCUCGCAGCGCAAUCUAUUCAGGAGUACCCCUUCUUUACGAAUGAAUCCUUCUGUUUGACCCUGCAGAACCUUCGGGCAAUGCAAUUGUUACGUACCGCCCUGGGUGGAUAUGUUUGGAUGCAGGGCCAUCCCACUUAUUUCAAGGUCACUGGUCCCGAUGACAUCGCCCUCGCUGACCCUAUUAUUAGCUCAAACACUCUCCCUUAG